AUGCUCUCCAAUAAACCACGGCCAUCGAGACCAAUUGUGCUUGAGCCUUGCAAAGCUCACCAUGUUCUCCAGACUUGCAUGCGCCACCCUUCACCCAACAAGCAUCUGAUUAUAUGUUCAACUCGAGAUGCAUUUCUUCAGUCCCUCUUGUAUGAGAUUACUCGAGAAAGUCGAAUCGACCACAACACUGCACUGGACUUGCUUACUCCAACCUUGAGCAAUCUACACAAUUCACGCAACACGAAAAUCACUUUUUGUUCAGAUCUCACCAACCUAAGAGCCUACCUUGCGACAUUGAAAUAUCCUCCUCAACUGGCACAAGUCGAUUCAGAGCCUGAAGGCAUACUCGACCAACCUUGUCCACUUCUAAUGAUUUUAAAUCCGAUCCAAAUUCAUGAACAUACUCUGUCAUACUCAGCUCAGGGCUUCAAUCGCACAUUCGCUGCCAUCAUAGACGCUGCACAUUACCUUGACCACCAACUCGUCAUGGAAGACGAAGACAUGCUCGAUAGACGGACGCUCACAAACCCCUGGGAUCAAGACGUCUCAAUGCUGAACAUAACCACAAAGACCUUUGGCACCGGGGGUCGAGGUUGGGUCGGUAGAACUGUGAAAAUCAGGCAGGUGGCUAAGCGCUGGUGCAGAUUCCGAGAGCUGGACGAUUACAAUGCAGAGUUGCUGUAA